CGUAAUACGCCUGUUUCGUGUGAUAGAGAUUGUGUAUCAUUCGCUGUUACUUCUAACAUGAACCCGUGUGGGUUUAAGAAGAUGAAGAGGUCAAAGUCGGCGUGGAAAACUGUGUGGAGGCGCGAUGCGAGUCAGUACGCCUGAGAUACAUGGGGCGGCAUGGUAAACAAAGCGAAGGUCAGCGUCUCCGGGCAGAUUUGUCCGACCCAUACCACAAACGGCAAAAUCAGGCCUAAGGUAGUAUAAGGACAGGAAGAGAGUGAAUGCUGCGAGUUUGGAGGGUGAGACGACAUGAUAUCGCUGAUACUGGCAACAGAGAGCCUUGAACACGAAUUAGAAGGACAAAGUGGAGAAAACAUUGCCCAUCGGAGAGUGCGUGGUGAUCAGGCCUUCAGGAAGGAUCGGCGAUUUUGAACGCUCUCGUUGUCUUGGCAUGCAUUGAUGAGAUGACGUCGCUUCCGAGUUCAUCUCUCGUACCAUGUGGGGGCAGGAAACAGUAAGGAUGUUCGCAGGCUUCCGCCGGUCCGUGACGCUCGGGGUGGCGUUGGUAUAAUGGAAACCUUGUCAAUCUCACGUAUUUAGUCAAUGUCUGAUGAGAACGGAGAUCGCAAGUUGAAUGUUCUAAGUAGGAUACUCAUCAUUGAUGUGAAGCUGUGAAUCGCCAUGUUGCAAUGAAUGCUUUUGGAAGAACAUGGUAAAACACCUCAAGCUCAAGUACACAGGCGGAGAAUAGCUGAUACGGUGAGUGUGAGAGGUUGCUAGGCUAGAACGAGGGUCGAGCAUUUAGAAUGUGAGUCUAGUGUUCAUAUGGUAGUCCUAAGAUAGCAUUAGUCCAGCCGAAGUUAAGUAAGUGCCAGGAUCUGAGUUGAGAUCAUCACGGUAGUCGUUGCAGUGCAGACAGCCGAGCGGCGCUGACUCUGGCCUGGGAGUGAGCAGCCGAACUUCAUUAUGGGUUUGGAAUAAUGUAGUUUGGCGAUGACGAUCUCGAAGAAAGAGCUCGCUGAAAGAUACCGUGACACUGUAACAAUCCCUCGUGCAAAUGCCCUGACUCUCAGGCAUUCGCAGGACUCUUCGACUAAUCUUCGACUAUUGGCAUCGAUACACGAAGUUUCCAGGAGAUUAACAGCAAAUGGGCGGUAUUUUCGUAUGAGCGAACGAAGAAACGGCGAGGCACUCCGAAACUCGCCGAAUCCAUCCGAUCGGGACCCCUCGCUCCGGGCGCUCGAGAAGUGUUCUUAGCAGCCGGACCCGCACUUUCUGUUAUCAAGACGAACUGCUGUCAGCGAGUACCUCCGAAGUCAUGGACGAUUGUCCAGAACGACCCAAUGGUGGUGGAGUCCGCACCGCAAACCACUGGGAAUCAACAUGGCGGUACCACUGGGUGCGCGCCAAGCGAAAGGUGUGAGUGCACGCCUGUGCACGCCCUGAUUGAGUUUCGUUUGGCGCAAGAGAUGAACUUCCUGUGGAUAAACGCCUACAAGAGAUAGUAAUGAAUAUGUAAGUGUUUCAGAUGAUAGUGUUCAGUGCGGCUCAGUAUGACACGAGAAAGGCAAGGAUGGUCCACGAGAUAGAGCGUGAGCCACCACGUGGCACGUGUCAUUGGAACAGACCCGAAAGAGCCGCGGCAGGCGACAGCUGCUUGACACAUUUCCGACUGAUUCUGCGAGGGUAAAUCGUUUUUCGCGUUUAGGCCUCAACGUUGCAUGAGGUUGCAUGCGCAAACAUCAAGAGCUAUUGCAGUUGGACAGGAUCCGGAAGGUCAUAUGGUAAAUAAUGUGUAAAGAAUGCAUGGUUUACUUACCUGGAUUCUCCUGGUUGCUCGGGUUGCGACUUUCCUCGCGCCGGUUCCCCACAGUUUGAUCAUCUUACCCUUUCAGCCUUCCCCGACAACCAUUCAAUCGAACCAUGGCACUGUUCGCGUGCGCAUCGACCGGGGAGCUCACCGCGUUAUGCUUGAGAACGAAAGGACGAGUCGAGGAAGAGGAUAUGGGAGCUGGGAGGGCGCUAUAUGGGUCUAUCUGAUCGUGGCAUCUCUCCAUCAACUUCAUCAGAACCUCACCAAGUUAGGCCGGGGUCGUCCGACUCCGCCAACGUUCCCCCCUUGCUGCCGGAAUUGCGGCCAAUUGAAGAAAUGUUUUUGGAAUAGCGAUCAAUUCUUCGCGAGCGAGCGUAUAUAUACUCCGUGAUGCCAUUACUCG